CUGUGCGGGCAGGAGCGGAGCGGAGCAAAGCCGAGCGAGGCGAGCGGAGCGGCGCUUCUGUCGGGGCGCUGGGACGGGGCGGCGUCCGGGAGGCUGUGAGCGCCGGCCGGGCCGCGGGCCGAGGGCCAGCAUGCACCUGGAGGAUGGCUGAGGCCGGCCGGCCGAGCGCUUCCCCCGCGGGCCGGAGCGGAGGCGGCAUGCGGGCACUCGGGGCCGCCCUGCGCUGCCUGCUCUUGCUGGCCGCCGUGCGCGGACGCCCGGCGCCCGCCUUGCCCGGGGACGGAGCCCCGCAGCCCGCAGAUGAUUUAAGAAGUGAAACGGGUUUCCUCGAAGAGUUGGUGGUUGGAAGUGGCGAUGCAGUUGAACUUCAGUGCAAUACUCCGGACUCACCUGUAUCUCUCCUCUGGUAUAAAGACGGCGUUGGGAUUUCGCCUACCAACCGGACUCACAUUGGUCCAAAACUGUUGAGGAUUAUAAAUGUGUCCUACAAUGAUUCAGGCCGAUACAGCUGCAAGAAGAGGCAUUCGGUGGAAAUGCUCAGGAACUUCACGGUCCGAGUUACAGAGUCCCCAUCAUCGGGUGAUGACGAAGAUGAUGAUGAUGAUGAAGAAGAUGACGACUCUGAAGACAGAGUUGCUCCUUAUUGGACCCAUCUUGACAGAAUGGAGAAGAAGCUUUUGGCUGUACCAGCUGCCAAUACUGUCCGUUUCCGGUGCCCGGCGGCUGGCAAACCACUUCCUUCCAUAUACUGGCUGAAAAAUGGCAAAGAAUUCAAAGGAGAGCACCGCAUUGGAGGCAUUAAACUGCGGCACCAGCAGUGGAGCCUCGUCAUGGAGAGCGUUGUUCCGUCAGACCGAGGCAACUACACCUGUGUGGUCCAGAACAAAUACGGUGUCAUCUGGCAUACUUACCUACUGGACGUUCUUGAACGGUCUCCACACCGCCCCAUUCUCCAGGCAGGGCUGCCUGCCAAUCAAACCGUGGUAGUUGGGAGCAACGUGGAAUUCCACUGCAAAGUCUACAGUGAUGCUCAGCCUCACAUCCAGUGGUUGAAACAUGUGGAAGUCAACGGGAGCAAAUAUGGGCCGGAUGGGACUCCUUAUGUCUCUGUCCUAAAGUCUUGCGUCAGUAAAAACGCUGAAGCCGAUGUUAACCUAAAUCUAUUCAAUGUGACCCAACAAGACGAAGGCGAAUAUCUUUGUAGAGCCAACAAUUUCAUAGGCAGAGCCGAAAAAUCAUUUUGGCUCCACAUUCACAAACCAGAAGCAGCAGAAAAACGGGUUGCAAGAAAGGAUUCCAGCUCGUUUUACGCAGGCAUCCUCAGCUACGGGGUCGCCUUCGCGCUUUCCAUCCUGGUGGCCGUGAUGGUGAUGAUUUAUAAAAUUAAAAGGCCGGCCAAAAAAGCCAUGAACGCCUCCGCAGUCCAGAAAGUCUCCAAGUUCCCCCUCAAGAGACAGGUAACAGUGUCCCUGGAGUCCAACUCAUCCAUGAACUCCAACACGCCUCUGGUGAGGAUCACCCGCCUCUCCUCCAGCGAGGGCGCCAUGCUGGCCAACGUCUCCGAGUUGGAGCUGCCAGCAGAUCCCAAAUGGGAAUUGGCGAGAUCUCGCUUGACUCUGGGGAAGCCGCUGGGCGAAGGCUGUUUCGGUCAAGUGGUGAUGGCUGAAGCCAUGGGCAUCGACAAGGAGAAACCAAGCCAGCCUGUGACUGUAGCCGUCAAGAUGCUGAAAGAUGACGCCACAGACAAAGAUCUCUCUGACCUGGUCUCAGAAAUGGAAAUGAUGAAGAUGAUCGGGAAGCACAAAAAUAUUAUUAAUCUCCUGGGGGCUUGCACGCAGGAUGGUCCUCUCUACGUCCUUGUGGAAUAUGCCUCCAAGGGGAAUCUAAGGGAAUAUCUGAGAGCUCGUCGCCUACCCGGCAUGGAUUAUUCCUUUGAUACCUGCAAGAUGCCUGAGGAACAGCUGGCCUUUAAGGACUUAGUCUCCUGCGCCUACCAGGUGGCCCGAGGGAUGGAGUAUCUGGCUUCUCAAAAGUGCAUUCACCGGGACCUAGCUGCCAGAAAUGUUCUGGUCACGGAAGACCACGUGAUGAAGAUAGCGGACUUUGGCCUAGCCAGAGACGUCCAUAACAUCGACUAUUACAAAAAAACAACUAAUGGCCGGCUGCCGGUGAAAUGGAUGGCUCCCGAAGCCUUGUUCGACCGUGUCUACACUCAUCAGAGUGAUGUGUGGUCCUUUGGGGUGCUGCUGUGGGAGAUCUUCACUUUGGGAGGGUCUCCCUAUCCAGGAAUCCCGGUGGAGGAACUCUUCAAGCUGUUAAAGGAAGGCCACCGAAUGGACAAGCCCGCCAACUGUACCCCAGAUUUGUACAUGAUCAUGCGGGAGUGCUGGCAUGCGGUGCCUUCUCAGCGGCCAACCUUUAAGCAGCUGGUCGAAGACCUGGAUCGGGUGCUGACUGUGACCUCCACGGACGAAUACAUCGACCUGUCUGUGGCCUUCGAGCAGUACUCCCCCAAAGGCCACGACACGCACAGUGCCUGCUCCUCGGGAGAUGACUCCGUAUUUGCACACGAGCUGCUCGCCGAGGAGCCCUGCCUUCCGAAACCGCAGGCCAACGGCAUCAUCAGGACAUGAGGACAGAGGCUGAGCCUCAAAAACGAGAUUCGUGAAUGUAUGUCUGAUGGGAACUCCGGAGCGAGAUCCCCAGGAGGAAAUGGAGCCUCCUUCUGCUCCACGGCACGGAGGGGGGCAGUGCGUGGCCGUGAAGCCGUGGCACACCGAACGGGCUUCCUUCCGAUUUCUCUUGCCAAACACCCGGAAACCUUAAAAGGCAAAGGAGGGGAUGGGGGGGGGCUUUGAGCCCGUUUUCUCUGCCUGCAAAUUCUAGGAGUGGGUGGGAAAAUGACAAAAAAAACCAAUGAACCCCCCCGUGCAAAGAAGGUAGGAAGCGUUGCCCUUGUGCAACCCCUACACGCCUCCCCUCUGGGAGGGCUCCGUAGCUACGUUGCCUGCAGGGAAUCCUAAGUAAGUACUGGUUUUAUAUUUAAUAAAUAUGAAACGCCACCUUCUACUUAAGGGCGCAUUCAAAGCCAUUCUGAGGAGUUAAUCACUCUCAAGAGCGCUAAGCCUCUUUCAAAGCCGCCUCCCCUUUUCUCGCGGUGGGAACUAUGCCGCCUCUUGCACUAACGGCUGGGUAAGUGAGUGUGUGCAGGCAAGACGAGGCGUGAAGGCCUGGAGGUGUUGCAAGCUCUAGGAAAUUGUGUGUGUGUGUGUGUGUUGGGGUGUGCGCGUGUGUGUCAUUUGUUAAUGAGUGUGUAGCAGUGACUUUGGCUAACCUUUCCAGGGGGUUUCUAUGAACUGUAAUGUGCAUCAAACAGAAAUUCUGCUAUUUGCUACAUUUAUUUAGCUAUUUUCUGGGUGAGUUUUUUGUAGAUAAAGUUUAAAUAUAUUUGUAACGGAGGUCCAUACAUUUUCCCCAGGAAUCUAUUAUCAAACACUUGGAGAGAGAGAGAAAAAAAAAGAUAUUACGGGUACCCCAUAGUCUGCCUUUCAACGAAUCACAAAGUUUUGUUUCCUACAAUUGUGCAUAUACCUAUAAAUAGCUCUUGUGUGUAUAUAAUAUCUUUGAUAUUAACACGGCUGGCGAGACUGAAGAAGGAUUUAUUCCAGUUGAGAAUUCUUCCAGAGUAGGGCCUACUGAUUUAGGCAAAGGUCUUCUUUGAUCUUGUCGGCUCGUUUUGUUUUAAAAAAUUAUAUUUUAACAUGUAUAUUUGUAAAAUUAUUUAUAGAUAUUAACAUAUGUUCAUUAAUGUAUACAUUUAAUUUUUUCAUCAGAUUUAAGGAUUUUAACUUAUUAAAAAUAGAGGAAGAUUAUUCAAGAUUGUUUUUCUGAAUUCCUGAGAAAUCUUAGAAAAAUGUAUAGCUGUAUAGCCCUUCAACACAUUACUUUAAUACUAAUUUUUCUUUAUAAAACAAAAACAAAAAAAUAUUGCUUUUCCUGACUUGCAACAAUUAUCAGGACAUGCAUUCUGUAAUAUGUUCAUAUUAAAUCCAAACAUUUGACAGCCGAAAUAAUCCUUUUUCCAUCUCUGUGAGAGCUAAGAAAACUUUCAUCUCUUUGGCCUUUGUGCAUUAAGAUGGAGAGGGUUUUUUUCCCCUUCUAUGAAUGGUGUUCUUCAUGGUUGAAAAAAUAUCAAAUAUGUGGCAGAGCUGAAAUGUUGACUGCAGAUGAUUAAUCCCCCUACAUGUGUGUGUUCCCAUUAGCAUUUUUACGGUAGAGAAAAGGAUCCAAACAAAAUAACUCAAAAUAUAUGUAGGGAAAGUUCUGACGAUUGUAGAUAGACUUCAAGCCUCACAUGUUCCUUGGGAAAAUGUUAGGUUUGGGGGAUAAGUCGGUGAAAGCUCUCUAGAGACUUUGCUAGCGUUUUAAAGAGUUGUUGCAAGAUUUUUUUUUUGGAUUCCUUGAGAACAGUUCCAGGGCUUCACGUAACCAUUCGAAACGGAAGGCUGGUUUUCAUUCCUGCUGAUCCCAAAACAUGAAAAUCCCUUUUGUCUUUCCCUCCGGUUGACCCUUCGGAGAAUGCAAAGGACAUAAUCCAAUCAGUUCUCAACUUCCUGAUCUAUCACUGGUGGAAAAGCCCUCCUCCCUGUUGCACAUUACAAGGGGAGCAUCUACGGCUCUCCUCCAUAUUUUCUUUCACGCCAUCUGUUGAUGUGCGUUGGGCGUCUUGCUAAAUUCUAGUCGGACAGGUUGCUCUGGAGGGGCAUUGUUACACACUAAAAAACCAACAAAAGCACGGAUGUCCGCGGUGAGCUUCCCAGCUUCCUCUCCAGCAUUCCUUUUUUGCAU